ACUCAUAAUUCCACCCUCCUCUUUUCUCUCUCCUAUCUGUUUCUUGUAUUUCUAACACAGUUUUUCAUUCCAUAAUAAUAGCAUUUUCUAUUCCAAACAGACAUAAUUUGCUGUACCAUUUCUCUUAGCAGACUUUGCCACCAAUCAUCUACAACACUACAGAAGAAAAAAAAGAAAGUAUAUGGAGUCUGAAAAUGGGGUUCCAGUAGAGGUGGAAAAGAUCGUUGUGGCCGAGGAAGAAAAUGUGAAUUUAAAGAAUGAGAAGAAGGCUGAUGAGACACCAAAUUCAUCUGUAGCCAAAACUGAAUUGUCUGAGGAUGUUCCGAAAAGCAAAACAUCAAGUCAACAUAAGGUAUCAGUUGGUGGUACUAAAAAGAACAACAAAAUGGCUAAGGAUCAAGUAAGUUCAACAGGCUCGUCUGCAUUGACUCAUUCGAAAAAGGGAAGUAUGGCGAAAAGUCUUUCAUUCCCCUUAAGAGGUGCCAAUGCAGACACGACGAAGAAGAGCAUUGAUGCUUGUACAAAGAAAUUGGAUUUUAAACCUUGGAUACCAAAUGGAGUGCCACAUGAGGCUUCACAUUCGAAUGGAACAGUACUCUCAUCAGCUUCUCGUUUAAAUCCGGCUACAAAGGGUGCAUCUGCUGGAGUGUUGAAGUCUUCAAGUCCAAAUGGAGGUGGUACAACAAAUAGAAAGACAACUACAGGAUCUAUCCCAAGUCUUCGUCAAUCGCUGUCUGGGAAGUCUGUUUCAGCCGGUAAAAUUGCAAAGAAAGCUACUUCUGAAGGAUUUAACGAUGGAGACACAACACCUACUAAAGCUACAUCACCUCUUAAAGAUGAUGAGGAUGCUCGUUCUGCUACUUCCUCCAAUGCAACUCGUACCAGUGCUGGAUUUUCCUUCAGGUUGGAAGAACGUGCUGAAAAGCGAAAGGAGUUCUUGGCAAAGGUGGAAGAAAGGAUACAGGCCCGGGAAGAGGAAAAGUGUAACUUGCUAGCAAAAUCUAAGGAAAAGCAAGAGGCGGAAGUAAAGCAAUUUAGGAAGAGCUUGACAUUUAAAGCUACACCGAUGCCUUGCUUCUACAAGGAGCCCCCUCCUAAAGUUGAACUGAAGAAGAUACCAACAACGCGUGCCAUAUCUCCUAAGCUUGGAAGAACUAAGAACUCCACGUUCACGACUAAUAGUGCAGAAAGUGGAGGGUCAUGUUUCAGUCCAAAAGUGAUCAAGGAACAGCGUAAGUCACCCGUAGCCAAUAAAGAUACUGUCGCUUCAAGAGGUAAGCCGGUUAAGAAUUCAAAGACAAACACUCAAUCUCCGAAAACCUCGAUCACUCAAGGGAAGCCUACUGAAGCAAAACCAAGGCUUGCUGAAGCAAAGUUCACGGAUGAGAAAACUUGUACAGAGACAACAGAACACAACGAAAUUCAACCCGAGUCUGAAAUGAAUUGUCUAGAAGACAAUGUGGCACAUCUGUCAAAUCCAGUUGGCGUUGAAGGUUAAUGAACUUGCUGAAAUUGUCUUCUGAUACUGUAUUUAUUUAUUUUAUAGGCAUUUUUUCUUCUUUGGACGCGUUUUUGUGCUUCGUUGAGUUGUGAAUAUGGUGUGUGUAUGUUGCAGUUACAAAGUUGUACAUGGUGGUUACCCUCAGCUUCUUCAUUCUUUUCGAAUAUUUCAGUACCAUUGUGAUACAUUCCGGAAAAAUUGUGUUGUGUUAGUUUGUGUUUUUUUAUCUGUUAAAACUUCUUCAUUGUUCAUAGUCAUAUUCAACAUGGCAUCUGUUUCUUUUUCCUA